AACCAUGAUUUGGUAAGCAGCUGGAGAUGGUCCCUGAUUGACAGCAGCUUCUACGGUGAAGGAGAGACAGAAUUUAGAAACUGGGAUGAGGAGCAGCCGAACAAUAUUAGAGCACGACAGCAGUGUGUGGAGGUUUAUGGGUACUCUGGCACUUGGGGAGUAACUGAGUGCAUCCAGCUACGACACUUUGUGUGCUACAACGGUACAGUAAAUGGCACAUCAUCCUUUGUUAAGGUCAACACAUAUUCCAAUUGGACCGAAGCUCAGAGGUUCUGCAGGGAGCAUUAUGUCGAUCUAGCCAGUAUACAAAAUCAGGCAGAAAAUGACAUCAUCAAAAACAUGUCAGCUGGCAGCUUUUUGUGGAUCGGUCUGCACCGGGAAAAGCUGUGGUCUGAUGGGAGCUCCUCUCUGUUUCGACACUGGGCCAACGGACAGCCAGACUUUAGCGCAGGAGAAUGUGUAACUACAGCAUUCAACGACUCAGGGCGGUGGUCAGAUGAUAACUGUUUCCUCAGUUUCCCAUUCGUCUGUUACGAAACAACUCCUCUAAAUGCAGAAAGCUUCAGAUCAACAGGACAAGAUGAGACCAGUAUCACUCUGCAGUGGAAUAAAGUCAACAACAAUGUCAGCUUUAUUCUCCAGUUUAAUGGUACACAGAUAAACAUCAGUGCACCAGAUGGAGAUGGACCAGUAACUCACACAGUCUCAUCUCUCACUGCUGGAACUAAAUACACAUUCACUCUCUUCUCUGUGUUUGAGAACGUCAGAAGCAGUGGACUAAACAUUACUGCAGUCACUGCUCCUCUAAAUGCAGAAAGCUUCAGAUCAACAGGACAAGAUGAGACCAGUAUCACUCUGCAGUGGAAUAAAGUCAACAACAAUGUCAGCUUUAUUCUCCAGUUUAAUGGUACACAGAUAAACAUCACUGCACCAGAUGGAGGUGGACCAGUAACUCACACAGUCUCAUCUCUCACUGCUGGAACUAAAUACACAUUCACUCUCUUCUCUGUGUUUGAGAACGUCAGAAGCAGUGGACUUAACAUUACUGCAGUCACUGCUCCUGCAAAUCUAGGAAGCUUCAGAUCAAUAGGACAAGAUGAGACCAGCAUCACUCUGCAGUGGAAUAAAGUCAACAACAAUGUCAGCUUUAUUCUCCAGUUUAAUGGUACACAGAUAAACAUCAGUGCACCAGAUGGAGGUGGACCAGUAACUCACACAGUCUCAUCUCUCACUGCUGGAACUAAAUACACAUUCACUCUCUUCUCUGUGUUUGAGAACGUCAGAAGCAGUGGACUAAACAUUACUGCAGUCACUGCCCCUACAAAUGCAGAAAGCUUCAGAUCAACAGGACAAGAUGAGACCAGUAUCACUCUGCAGUGGAAUAAAGUCAACAACAAUGUCAGCUUUAUUCUCCAGUUUAAUGGUACACAGAUAAACAUCAGUGCACCAGAUGGAGGUGGACCAGUAACUCACACAGUCUCAUCUCUCACUGCUGGAACUAAAUACACAUUCACUCUCUUCUCUGUGUUUGAGAACAUCAGAAGCAGUGGACUAAACAUUACUGCAGUCACUGCUCCUCUAAAUGCAGAAAGCUUCAGAUCAACAGGACAAGAUGAGACCAGUAUCACUCUGCAGUGGAAUAAAGUCAACAACAAUGUCAGCUUUAUUCUCCAGUUUAAUGGUACACAGAUAAACAUCAGUGCACCAGAUGGAGAUGGACCAGUAACUCACACAGUCUCAUCUCUCACUGCUGGAACUAAAUACACAUUCACUCUCUUCUCUGUGUUUGAGAACGUCAGAAGCAGUGGACUAAACAUUACUGCAGUCACUGCUCCUCUAAAUGCAGAAAGCUUCAGAUCAACAGGACAAGAUGAGACCAGUAUCACUCUGCAGUGGAAUAAAGUCAGCAACAAUGUCAGCUUUAUUCUCCAGUUUAAUGAUACACAGAUAAACAUCAAUGCACCAGAUGGAGAUGGACCAGUAACUCACACAGUCUCAUCUCUCACUGCUGGAACUAAAUACACAUUCACUCUCUUCUCUGUGUUUGACAAUGUCAGAAGCAGUGGCGUAAACAUUACUGCAGUCACUGCUCCUCUAAAUGCAGAAAGCUUCAGAUUAACAGGACAAGAUGAGACCAGUAUCACUCUGCAGUGGAAUAAAGUCAGCAACAAUGUCAGCUUUAUUCUCCAGUUUAAUGGUACACAGAUAAACAUCAGUGCACCAGAUGGAGGUGGACCAGUAACUCACACAGUCUCAUCUCUCACUGCUGGAACUAAAUACACAUUCACUCUCUUCUCUGUGUUUGAGAACAUCAGAAGCAGUGGACUAAACAUUACUGCAGUCACUGCCCCUUCAAAUCCAGAGAGCUUCAGAUCAACAGGACAAGAUGAGACCAGUAUCACUCUGCAGUGGAAUAAAGUCAACAACAAUGUCAGCUUUAUUCUCCAGUUUAAUGGUACACAGAUAAACAUCCCUGCACCAGAUGGAGAUGGACCAGUAACUCACACAGUCUCAUCUCUCACUGCUGGAACUAAAUACACAUUCACUCUCUUCUCUGUGUUUGAGAACAUCAGAAGCAGUGGACUAAACAUCACUGUAGUCACUGUUCCACCCAAUACAGAAAGCUUCAGAUCAACAGGACAAGAUGAGACCAGUAUCACUCUGCAGUGGAAUAAAGUCAACAACAAUGUCAGCUUUAUUCUCCAGUUUAAUGGUACACAGAUAAACAUCCCUGCACCAGAUGGAGGUGGACCAGUAACUCACACAGUCUCAUCUCUCACUGCUGGAACUGAAUACACAUUCACUCUCUUCUCUGUGUUUGAGAACAUCAGAAGCAGUGGACUAAACAUUACUGCAGUCACUGCUCCUCUAAAUGCAGGAAACUUCAGAUCAACAGGACAAGAUGAGACCAGUAUCACUCUGCAGUGGAAUAAAGUCAACAACAAUGUCAGCUUUAUUCUCCAGUUUAAUGGUACACAGAUAAACAUCAGUGCACCAGAUGGAGAUGGACCAGUAACUCACACAGUCUCAUCUCUCACUGCUGGAACUAAAUACACAUUCACUCUCUUCUCUGUGUUUGAGAACAUCAGAAGCAGUGGACUUAACAUUACUGCAGUCACUGCUCUUGAAACAGUACGGACUGCUCCCACAGGUGUUGUCCCUGAGGGUUCGAUCUGUUAA